GCGCGAGCGCUUCUGGCCGGCGCCCCCGCUGUCGCGCCCGGUCGCGGGGCGGCAUGAGCCCGCGGCCGCAGCCCUAGCGCCCCGCUCCUCCGUCCCGGAGGCCCGGCUGCGGUGACGGGUGCUCGCUGCCGGAUUGGGGGCCAUGAAGCCGAGUCCGGCGGGGACGGCGCGGGAGCUGGAGCCGCAGGCGACGGCCCGGGGCGAGCAGCGCGCGGCGGAGCCCGAGGGGCGCUGGCGGGAGAAGGGCGAGGCGGACACGGAGCGGCAGCGCACCCGGGAGCGGCAGGAGGCCACGCUGGCCGGGCUGGCGGAGCUGGAGUACCUGCGCCAGCGCCAGGAGCUGCUGGUCCGGGGCGCCCUGCGCGGCGCCGGGGGUGCGGGGGCCGCCUUGCCCCGCGCCGGGGAGCUGCCCGGGGAGGCGGCGCAGCGCAGCCGCCUGGAGGAGAAGUUCUUGGAGGAGAAUAUCUUGCUGCUGCGAAAGCAAUUGAAUUGUUUGAGGAGAAGAGAUGCUGGUUUGUUGAAUCAGUUGCAAGAACUCGACAAGCAGAUAAGUGACCUGAGAUUGGAUGUAGAAAAGACAUCUGAAGAGCACCUGGAGACAGACAGCCGGCCUAGCUCAGGGUUUUAUGAGCUGAGUGAUGGGGCUUCAGGAUCCCUUUCUAAUUCCUCUAACUCGGUGUUCAGUGAGUGUUUAUCCAGUUGUCAUUCCAGCACCUGCUUUUGCAGCCCUCUGGAGGCAACCUUGACUCUCUCAGAUGGUUGCCCCAAAUCUGCAGAUUUCAUAGGAUGGUUGGAAUAUAAGGAAGGCCACUGUGAAGACCAUGUCUCAGGGGCAGUUUGUCGUUCCUUCUCCACACCCCAAUUUAAUUCCCUUGAUGUCAUUACAGAUGUGAAUCCCAAGUACCAGUGUGAUCUGGUGUCUAAAAACGGGAAUGAUGUAUAUCGCUAUCCCAGUCCACUUCAUGCCGUGGCCGUGCAAAGCCCAAUGUUUCUCCUUUGUCUGACGGGCAACCCUCUGCGGGAAGAGGAGAGGCUUGGAAACCAUGUCAGUGACGUGUGCAGUGGAUCCGAGCUAGUUACCGUCAAAACAGACAGUUCCUUACCAUCUCCAAGUAGCCUAUGGUCUGCUUCGCAUCCUUCAUCUUGCAAGAAAAUGGAUGGCUACAUUCUGAGCCUGGUCCAGAAAAAAACACACCCUGUAAGGACCAACAAACCAAGAACCAGUGUGAAUGCAGACCCCACAAAAGGGCUUCUGAGGAAUGGGAGCGUUUGUGUCAGAACCACUGGUGGUGUCUCACAGGGUAAUAAUAUGAACCUUAAGAAUUCAAAACAGGGAUGUCUGCCCUCCAGCGGAAUACCCACUUUGGACAAUGGGACAUUCUCCCCACCGAAGCAGUGGUCAAAAGAGUCAAAGUCAGAACAAGCAGAAGGCAAGAGAUUGCCCCCAUCAGAGGGCUGCUUGCCAGCUGCUGCCUCCGAACUUCAAAGUAAACAUCUGCCAAAAAAUGCCAAGCUAGCCUCCCAAGAACAUGCUCGGUGUCCCACUGCUGGGACAGGGGAGCCCCUUAAAGAAAGCACUCAGCUGUCAGCUGCCUCUCCAAAAGAGAGCCCUGGCAGAGGCCCCAUCGCCCCACCAGAGAAUAAAGUGGCCCAGCCCCUGAAAAAGAUGUCACAGAAAAACAGCCUGCAGGGUGUCCCUCUGGCCGCUCCUCCUCCACUGCUCUUCCCUGUGGAAGACAGGCCUGCCUUGGAUUUCAAAAGUGAGGGCUCUUCCUCCCAAAGCCUGGAGGAAGGGCACCUGGUCAAAGCUCAGUUCAUCCCAGGGCAGCAGCCGGGCGUCAGGCCCCACCGGGGCCACAGAAACGUGGGCGUUGCGAAAAGUGCCACCCUGAAGCAUCGCGGCCAGGUCCUCCAGGGGCUGGAGAACGGUUUGCCCACUGUCAGGGAGAAAACACGGGCAGGGGGCAAGAAGUGCCGCUUCCCCGAGGACUUGGAUACAAAUAAGAAACCCAAGAAGGCCAUCUCCAAAGGGAGGAAGAGCAGCGGCGGGCCUGAGGGGGGCCUUCUGGGCAGGCCCCUGGGCGGGGGCCCACGGGCAGGGACCAGGGCCCACGGCCACGGACGGGAGGCGGUGGUGGCCAAACCUAAGCACAAGCGAACCGACUACCGGCGGUGGAAGUCCUCCGCCGAGAUUUCCUACGAAGAGGCUCUGAGGCGGGCCCGGCGGGGCCGCCGGGAGAACGCGGGCUACCCCGCGCCCGUGCCGCUGCCCUACGCCAGCCCCUACGCCUAUGUGGCCAGCGACUCCGAGUACUCCGCUGAGUGCGAGUCCCUCUUCCACUCCACCGUGGUGGACACCAGCGAGGACGAGCAGAGCAACUACACCACCAACUGCUUCGGGGACAGCGAGUCCAGCGUGAGCGAGGGUGAGUUUGUGGGGGAGAGCACGACCACCAGCGACUCUGAGGAAAGCGGGGGCUUAAUUUGGUCCCAGUUCGUCCAGACUCUCCCAAUACAGACGGUGACGGCCCCAGGGCUCAGCCACAAUCCCACAAAAGCCUUUGUCAAAAUUAAAGCUUCACACAACCUCAAGAAGAAAAUCCUCCGCUUUCGGUCCGGCUCUUUGAAACUAAUGACUACGGUUUGAGUAAUGUCACUGGUGUAGAAAAGUGUCUCCCCCCCCCCCUUGUUGCCGAAAUAAAAAAGGCGACAUCUCCCUUUUUGUGUAAUACUUUCAUGGAAUGCUUUUCUUUUAAGACAAAACCGAGGUAAAUUAUUUGUCCCAUUUCCAUCAUGUAUAGACACUAGUGCCUUUAAUGGAAGGUAAAGAACGUUUUCUAGUUAGAAGUAAAUAUUGAGGUUUUAAUGGUGGUGAUAGUGAAUGAGUUUUGCGGUAUUGGCUGUUUCAAGGUACAGUUUUUGAUGUUCAAGUUUUAUUGGGAUGAGACUUUUUGACCCCAGGGUCAGUUGGAUAGAAUUUUAGGACAUACAUUUGCUUCUUGAUUCUUCAGGGCAAUGUCUCCACGGGGGUUUUCCUGUUGAGGGGCAUCACAUACAAUUGUGAGAAGUAGGUACGAGGGGCAGUCAUUGUUUCCUGUGAUUUUUUUUAUGUAGUCUGUAUUUCUCAGAGGUACUCCCAUUCUGUUGUCUUUUCAGAACUGGUCUGUUUACUGGACUCAUUACCAGACCCUAAAUCCAGAAAUGACAAUCUGGAUAGGGAGGCUGGUGAUACCUUACAAGGAUUCAUGAAAAUUUUGCCACACUUGGUGCCUAGGCCCUGGUCACAGCAACCCUUUCUAGGGCCAUUUAUGGAACAUUUUGAUGCCUUCCUCCGACCACGCUAAUUUGUAGCCAUCCAACCAUUCAUUCCUUGCAGGAUUUGCCUUUAGGAUAAAAUUUUGGUCCUCGGGUACAGAGAAGUGCCCUCUUAAUGAAAUAACCCUUGGGCAUGAUUCCAAGCCCACAAUUGCUCACUGAGCAGUGUGCCACUGUCGCAUUGGCCUGAAUGUGUUAGUGCAAUCCAGUCCAGAUUGGACCACUGACCCUAUCUGGAAGGGCUUUAUUUUUAAAAACAAAUUUUUUUUGGUAAACAGUAUUGUGUAAAAUUGCUUUUUUAAUACCAGUAUAUGCAUGUUUUGUGCAUGAGUAGUAUUUGUUUUGAUAUUCCUAUUGAUGUUAAAUUACUGUAUAAUAUAAACAGUAUGUGUUUUUAUAUAUCAUUGUGUAAAUUUAAUAUAACAUUAUAUGCGGUAAUAAACGAUUUGUUUUAUUGCUGUUAAGUUUGUUAUUUGGGUACAAAACCAGAUGUUUACACCU